AUGGGUGUACAGCAAAAUAACAUUUCUGCGAAUCAUAACAGCAUCUUCAAGCUGAAGCGGCUGUAUCUCCAAUCCGUGCCUGCAGGAAGCAUCGCAUUCGAUGGUCUCGUGCCUGUGGGGAAAGUGGAUUGGGGCUUCCAGGACCACCUCUUCAACACAAUCCUUAGCAAAGAUGCAACAGCAUACCGGCCAGCCGAUGCAUAUACUAGACGGUUCCUCAAGUUUCUUAUUGCUUGUUUGGAAAGUAAUCUAGCAGAGGAUGAAGAACUUCACGAUUCCAUUCUAACACUCUACUCCAAUCUCAUGUCAAAACCUGACUCGCCUUCCGAUGCUACAAAGCCUACUUUUAUAACUUACCUUCUGCCUCCAAAUCAGUCUCUAUCUCAAGAGGAUGAUGAGAAGGAUGGAGAGGUACAAGUCGUCAUAUCUGAACGGAAAUCAGUGCUUUCGGCUGAUGGGCAUACUGGCUCGAGAACUUGGGAAGCCGCCCUAGCACUCGGCGAAUUCUUCCUUUUCACACCAUCACCGAUCUCAAAGCCAAUCCCGCAGUGUAGGAUCUUGGAACUCGGUGCGGGGACAGCUUUCACAUCGAUUCUACUCUCCAAACUGGGCGCCAAACGUGUCUUGGCGACCGAUGGAGACGAAAGGGUUUGCGAAGCUAUCCGUAGAAACAUAGAUCACAACUACUGCCGAAACGUUGUAUCUGCUUCUCAGUUGCUUUGGGGGGGGUCCCAAAAAGACUCUACGGUAUACACAGAACCCUGGGAUUUGGUCAUUGGCGGCGACAUUACAUAUGAUACUAGAGACCUCUCGGAUCUAGUAUUAACUCUAAAGAAGUUGCUUGUGGCGAAUCAGGACACAGGUGCCAAAGCCAUCAUAUCGGCGACGGUACGGAAUGAAGACACGCUCCGUGAAUUUGAUACAGAGCUAUCUUCUGCGGGACUCAACUUCAAAGUGCAAGAUAUUGGCGAAUCUGGUCGACAGCUUUGGUAUUAUGGAAGUGAUACCCCGAUACGGAUAUACACCAUCCAUUGGGGAUAA